CUGCGACCCCGGGCCCGCGUGGCGGCGGCGGAGGCGGCGGGGCCGGGGUUCCGGUGUCCGCGCGCGGCCCUGUAGGGUCCCUGCUGCACGCGCAGAGCCGAAGCCAGAGCGCGGCCCGAGGCCGGCGGGGCUCCUUCCGGGGCUGCGGCCCGGCUGCGCGCGUUCGGGCCGGAAGUUAGUGCGGGCAGCGCGGCUGCCAGGAGCGGGGCAGCCGAGCGGGGUCCGAACCGGGGUCAGAGCCGGGCCGCCGCGCUGGAACGUGACUGCUGCUGCCUGGGCCCAAGCACAGGGUUCUGAAUGCGUCUGGCACACCAUGUUCUCGGAGCAGGCUGCCCAGAGGGCCCACACUCUCCUCUCCCCACCGUCCGCCAACAAUGCCACCUUUGCCCGUGUGCCUGUGUCCUCGUACACCAACUCCUCCCAGCCCUUCAGGCUCGGGGAGCGCAGCUUUAGCCGGCAGUAUGCCCACAUUUAUGCCACCCGCCUCCUCCAAAUGAGGCCCUUCCUGGUGAGCCGUGCCAAGCAGCGUUGGGGUGGUGGAGUCCAGGUAAAGAAGCUGUGUGAGCUGCAGCAGGGGGAGAAGUGCUGUGUGGUGGGGACCCUCUUCAAGGCCAUGCCGCUCCAGCCUUCUAUCCUCCGCGAGAUCAGUGAAGAGCACAACCUGCUCCCCCAGCCUCCUCGGAGCAAGUAUAUCCACCCUGACGACGAGCUGGUCUUGGAAGAUGAGUUGCAGCGCAUCAGACUGGAAGGCGACGUCGACGCAUCAAGGCUGGUCACAGGGACAGUGCUGGCCGUGCUCGGCUCCGCGAGAGACAGUGGCAAGUUCGUCGUAGAGGACCACUGCUUUGCAGAGCUCGCCCCUCAGAAGCCCGCACCCCCCCUUGACACAGACAGGUUUGUGCUGCUGGUGUCUGGUCUGGGCCUGGGUGGAGGCGGGGGUGAGAGCCUCCUGGGCACCCAGCUGCUGGUGGACGUGGUGACAGGGCAGCUGGGGGACGAGGGGGAGCAAUGCAGCGCCGCCCACGUGUCCCGGGUCAUCCUCGCUGGGAACCUGCUGAGCCACAACACCCAGAGCAGAGAUUCCAUCAACAAGGCCAAGUACUUAACCAAGAAGACCCAGGCAGCCAGCGUGGAGGCGGUCAGAAUGCUGGACGAGAUCCUGCUGCAGCUGAGUGCGUCGGUGCCCGUGGAUGUGAUGCCAGGUGAAUUUGACCCAACCAACUACACGCUGCCCCAGCAACCCCUGCACCCCUGCAUGUUCCCGCUGGCCACCGCCUACUCUACGCUCCAGCUGGUCACUAAUCCCUACCAAGCCACCAUUGAUGGAGUCAGAUUCCUGGGGACAUCAGGACAAAAUGUGAGUGAUAUUUUCCGGUACAGCAGCAUGGAGGAUCACUUAGAGAUCCUGGAGUGGACCCUGCGUGUCCGUCACAUCAGCCCCACAGCCCCAGACACACUAGGAUGCUACCCCUUCUACAAGACUGACCCAUUCAUCUUCCCGGAGUGCCCUCACGUCUACUUCUGCGGGAACACCCCUGAGUUUGGCUCUAAAAUCUUCCGAGGACCAGAGGACCAGAGGGUGCUGUUGGUGGCCGUCCCCGACUUCAGCACCACACAGACUGCCUGCCUUGUGAAUCUGCGUAGCCUGGCCUGCCAGCCCAUCAGCUUCUCAGGCUUUGGGGCAGAGGAUGAGGAUCUGGGGGUCUUGGGUCUGGGCCCCUGACUCAGAGACCCCAGCUAUCUGUUCCAUGUGACACUGACCCAGCAGUGGCAUUUGUUUCUUAAGAAAAGCCUGGGGCGCUUGGCCCGUGGAACAACCAAGUCUUAAUUUUGACUCAGGUCUGAUCUCAGGGCGUGAGAUGGAGCCCCAUGUUGGGAUUGGCGCUGGCGGUGGAGUCGGCUUGUGAGUCUCUCCGCCCCUCCCCCUGCGCGCACUCUCUUUCUCUAAAAUGAAUAAAGUCUUUAAAACAAA